UCGAGUUCUAUUACGUCAUGGCAUCAAUGCGGAAGUAUGUACAUACACAGGAAACUAGCACAGUUUUGUUUACAUGUGACAUGCAAUUUGGUAAUCAGCGGAGUUAAUGCUGGAGCCCUGUGAAGAACUGCAGCAUGUUUCCCCGCAGCGCUGCACCGAGGGGGCGGUCUGCCUACCGUGACGGCCUGUACCCGCCACCCCCUGUACCUAUUUGCUACGAUUAUAAUCACCAACGCCUGGCUGCUGUCAACAGCUUCUAUGUUUCUGGACGAGAAAGGUUGCCUACAUAUGAAUGGAAGCCCUAUCCAGCCCUAUUGCCAGUCCCUCCUCGAGUCCCAGCUCCUUACACACCAACUAUCCCCAAUGGGCGCAAGAGGCAGAAUGAUGAAUACAGCCCCCAUGUUGUGAAGCGCCAACGCCUCCAAUCCCCUUCCCACCCAUUAGUAGGCUCCCCUUCACCUCGGGCCACUCCCCCUCGUCGUCCUGACCAAGCGGUGCCAGGGUCGUCAAGAUCAACCUUUGGUUUUGAUAGCUGUUAUCCCAGCCCACGUGCCCAUAUCCACCCUCAGGGGAAGGCUGUCCCAGAAAGCUCCAACAGCCUGCAGGCCUACGCUAAGGACAAGUUAAGUGAUCAGAUGCUGGAGUUGUUUGAGGCGUGCCAGCAGCAAACUUCCGAUUUGGCCCGGAAGGAGACGUGCCGAACUCGGCUGCAGAAAGAUAUACAGAGUAUCUAUGCAGUUGCACGACUUUACUUGACUGGGUCUUCUAUGAAUGGAUUGGGCUGCCGGAGCAGUGAUGCUGAUCUGUGUCUGGUCCUCAAGGGAAAUAACAGACCUGAUCCUAUUAAUGUCCUUACUGUCCUCCAAAGGUUGUUCAAGUCACUAUCAUAUGUGGAGAGGACUCAGCUGAUCAGAGCUAAAGUACCAAUCCUCAGGUUCAGAGAGAAAGGCAGUGAUCUGGAGUUUGAUCUGAAUAUCAACAACACAGUGGGCAUCAGAAACACAUUCCUUCUGAGGAGUUAUGCCUAUGCUCUUAAGGAACCGGUCCUUCCCUCUCUACAGAGGGACUACCCAGAGUGUUUUUAUGCCCUCUUGGACAUUGACAUGGUUCCAGAGGGACCCAAACACGUCCCUCCCUACAUCUCAACAAACCAGUCCUGUCUGGGAGAGCUUCUUUUGGGCUUUCUCAAAUACUACGCCACAGACUUCAGGUGGGAUAAGCAGGUGAUCUCUGUUCGAGAGGCCAAAGCUUUGCCCAAGAACAAUUCUAAAGAGUGGAGAAACAAAUACAUAUGUGUGGAAGAGCCAUUUGAAAAAAAUAACGUUGCCAGGGCAGUCCAUGAGAAGAUCAAGUUUGAUGCUAUUAAAGCUACGUUUGCUGAGUCAUGUCGGAUACUACAGGACCGGAAGGACCUGAACUCGAUCCUCCCAGUCAGAGCCAUCAUUAACAAGGAGUCAUCCAGGAGAUAAGGGGUCGCUCGUCUUAUUAGACAAGCGGAUGGGAGUCUUCUACCUCAAGACAGGCCUGUCCCCAGAAACAACCAGAGACCUUUUGGAUGUGCUGAGAGAGGAGCCCUGCUGCUCUGUAGCUCACAGACACAAAGACUGGGAGUCUGAAUGCUCUGGCUGCAUUGUAUCUGUCGCAUACUGUAUUUCCCUUGGCAGUUCAUAUUGAAAAUACUGCACUCAUAUUCCAAUGCUUAGCAGACUUUGCCAAAUGAUUAAAACUAAUAAGAGUGACACCAGAGAGCUCUGAAAUCAUAAUCCUGUCCCAUAAACUGGUGACAGAGAUGCCCCACUGAAGCGUGAUGAUAGUGGUCAGUGUUAUUAGACAUAGUUAAUGCUGCUACAUGGCCCUGUUUCCCAACACAUAGCAUUCCUGGGAAGAAGUCAAGUGCACUGACAAAGUAUGAAAAGACAAAAUAAUGCCUGCACCCUGCUCAAAUCUGAAGCUGGCAUAAAUGGAAGCAACAGUGUUGACGUUCGUCUCAACCAAGUUUAUCUCUUCUGAUCUCAAUUUUAGUUAUGUCCACAUUGCUAGAGCCAAACUGUACAGUUUUGAAGAAUAUGCCAAUAAUUUUCUUCUGCCACAUGUAUGUACAAUAUAUACAGUAUCUUCAGCCUGUCUGGACCAACUUGUAAUCAAAGCCUUUUUUCUAUUUUUCUAGGUCAAUAGUGAAGCUAUUGUGGGUUUUAACACCAUAGACACUUUUUUCUACAGCUGCAUUAAAUGCCCUCUGUUCUUUAUUACCAUCUUUAAGUUUCUAAGCUCUGAAAACUGAGCUUGCUGUUAAGUGAUGUUUACGGUUAGUAGCAUAAUUUAAGUGACUCAGAGGUGAUCAUUAGAGGGUUGUGAAUAGGCCAGACUCUGGAUAUUGUUACUUCUUUAUCAUUGCUCAUGAUUUGUUGUAUUAUUUCCCCUAGACUGGUGUCAACCAGUGUUGCCAGAUUGGGCCAAUUUCCGUCCAAUUGGGCUACUUUUUAUUUAAUUGUGCACGCAUACUAACAAAAAAACCUUUCCUGUCUGAUAAAUAAAAAUUGGGCUACUUUUAUGAUGAUUGGGUUGGUUCUUGGCUCUGAUUGGGCUACUUUUUGUCACUCCAGUCUGGCAACACUUGAGGCCUAUGCUGUGGGAAUUUAGUUCACUAUCUUCUUGAUAGAUGGUAUUCACUCAUUUUCUGUUCACUUAAUGCAUAAGUUAUUUGAAGAAUUUACAAUUGAUGUUUUCUUUUUCUUGAGUUUCUUUUUUUCUCAGCUCUUUUUGUACAUUUUGUACAUUACUGACUUUUAAAUGUUUAUUUAAAAGAGUGAAAUCUUUGAAGAUUGUUUUCACUUCAUAUUUUUGAGCUCUAUGUGAAACCUGCUGAAUUCUUGGCUUUACUUACAGAAGUUCCGAAAUCAUAUUAAACUGUACAUCGGCUUCUGUUUUUGUAGCUGUCGUUCAUAUUCAGAUGCAUUGACUGCAGAGUAUUUGACAAAAUUACGUUUGGUAGCAUCCUUCAUUUUAUGUUUUAUGGUCAUUUAUUCAGGGGUAUGGGAUGUAAACAGGUCUCAAGAAUAAACACUUCCUAACUCAUCACACAAUAUUAAAUUUGAUCACCUUGCAGUUAAAAAAAAUCAAGAUCAGAUAUUUUAUUCACAAGAACUAUGUUAACAGACAUUGACCGUAAUACCAUCCCAUAGAUCUGGUCCAAUCCACCUAGUCCACCUGUUUUUAAAGUAAUUUUGUUUCCUCAACCUAAUGCAGUUUAUCCACCGUCAUCGUGAGCUCCGACAUCAUUUAGUAUGUUAUAGGUGUUUGUGUUACAGAGGCCUUAACAAAAAAAAUAAAGAUGGUUCCUGGA